AUGUCAGACGUCGAGAUCUCGAUUCGGUCCUACUCGACCAAUCCGACACCAAAGCCCCACACAGUCUACCACAUCCAAGUCCGCCUCCCGCUACGGUCCUACACCAUCAUGAAGCGGUACUCCGAAUUCGUCACGCUCGCGAACCAACUCGAGCACGCGGUCGGCGACGACAUCCCAUUCAAGCUGCCGAAAAAACACCUGUUCAACAAGUCGAUCGCCAACCUCGACAUCGUCGAAGAACGCAGGGAAGGGCUCGAGCAGUUCUUGAAGGAGAUUCAAAAGUCGUCGGAUUCAAGAUGGAGACUUACAGACGAAUGGCGCGAGUUCAUGAGCCUCCCGGGAGCGGGCGGCAAGGCUGGUGGUGCGGGCGGCGGCGGCAGUUCGUUGCUCUCGAGCGGGUCGUCUAACGCGUCGUUGAUAAUGCCGUCUGGGCGCAACGUCGGCGAUCCGGUGGUGUGGAUGGAUACUUUGCACGAGGUCAAAUCGCUGCUGCACGACGCGAGAGUGUGUAUCUCUGACCGCGACCAGAUGUCAGCUACGGAAGCCCGCACCGCGGCCUCGGAAGCGCAAAAGUGCCUGGUGCAGUCGAGUUCGAAGAUCGUCAUGCUCGAGCGCGGAUUGAAAGAGCUGGCAAACUCGGUUGGGCAGGGAGAGCUACGGCGGCGCAGCGAUAUGCUGAAUCUAGUCCGGAAAGAGCGGGAAGGAAUCGAAAGCCUGGCGUCGACGGCAUCGCGUAACCAGGCUGCUGCCGAUGCUGCUGCGUCUUCCUCAAGAGCAGACGCAAGCAGCACAGCCGACGACCCAGACUUGGACGCUGACCGGAACGCGCUUCUGACUGGUGGAAAAACCGUGCUGGGCACGGUAACCUCCUCUGCGCGACGCGUGCUCGGUCCACUAGCCGAGACCGCCGAAACGCGACAGCUCGAUAAUCGAGGUCUCCUCAGUCUCCAGACGCAGAAAAUGCAAGAACAGGAAGAUUCGCUGGAGGAGUUUAGCAAGAUUCUCUCAAGGCAGCGGCAGUUGGGAAUCGAGAUUAACGACGAGCUUGAGUUGCAGAGUGAAAUGAUUGGGAUGCUGGAGGAUGAUGUUGAUAAUUCUGAUGGAAAGUUGAGGCGGGCUGAGAGGGCGUUGCGGAAGGUCAAGUGA